UAGAUCCAUGCCACACACACAUGUUUGCACUUAAAGCAGUGUCAACAAAUAAUAAAAAUCGAUUUUCAAAAAAAAAAAAAAUAAAUAAACAAAGUGGCAUCGAAUUUUACCAGAAAUUUGCACUAAAUGGUUUUAUUUUAUUUUAUUAAAUAAAUGGGAAAAUUCGGCAAAGAUAAACGUGACAUCUAUUAUCGUUUGGCCAAGGAAGAAGGUUAUCGAGCACGAUCAGCUUUCAAGCUACUUCAAAUUGAUGAUCAAUUUCAUAUAUUGAACGGUGUCAAACGUUGUGUGGAUCUUUGUGCUGCACCCGGUAGUUGGUCACAAGUUUUGGCUCGUCGUCUUCUUGUAUCCGACGAUAAAAAUGACAACAAAGAAUGUUGCAAAAUUGUAGCCGUCGAUCUACAAGCUAUGGCUCCAAUACCGGGUGUCAUACAGCUCCAAGGUGAUAUAACCAAUCAUUCUACAGCCACAGCCAUUAUCGAUCAUUUCGAUGGAAUAGCUGCGGAUCUGGUUGUUUGUGAUGGUGCUCCAGAUGUUACUGGAUUGCAUGAUAUCGAUACAUACAUUCAAGCUGAACUUUUAUUAGCAGGCGUCAAUAUUACCACACAUAUAUUGAAACCGGGUGGAACAUUUGUGGCUAAAAUCUUUCGUGGUAAAGAUGUUGAACUAUUGUAUUCACAAUUGAAGAUUUUUUUUGAUGAAGUAAUCAUUUCGAAACCACGCAGUAGUCGAACAUCAUCGAUUGAAGCUUUUGCUGUUUGCCGUGGCUAUAAUCCACCUAAUCAAUAUGAACCUACAAUGUUCAAUACAUUGAUGGAAGGCGAAUGUCAAAAAUAUUUCGAACAAUUGGAUGAAAAUAAAUUCCACGUGAAUCGAACUAUCAUUCCAUUUAUGGCUUGUGGCGAUCUAUCCGGAUUCGAUUCGGAUACGACUUAUUCAUUGAAUAUUGACAAUCAAAAAGAUUAUAAAUAUCACGAACCAAAUCAAAAACCAAUAGAUCCACCAUAUAAAGUAGCUGUUCAAUUGAGAAAAGCAAACGCUUUAGAUAAACCAAUGGAUUUUAAAUCUGAUAGCAUCGAUACAUGAUGAUGUAAUUUAAUUUAAUAAAUAUUGAUCAUUAAUAAAUUUCAUUUUUCAAAUAUA